AUGGCUGCCCACGAGGUCGAUACCCCCGAGCAUGAGCAUAUCAAGAAGCUCACGGAGGACAAGACUCAGACAGGCAUCUACGCCUUCACCCUAGCGGACGUGAGAGUCACGGGAGCCUCCAGAGGCCAUGUGAUCGCCAGACUGCCUCUGUCAGAGAACCACAUGAACUCCCAGCGAAGUCUCCACGGCGCUGUGUCCGGGGCCAUUGUAGAUUGGAUGGGAGGUAUGGCCAUUGCUACGCAUGAUCUCCGUAGCGGUACUGGAGUGUCCAUCGAUAUCCAUGUGACCUACCAGUCUGGUGCCAAAAUCGGCGACGAGCUGGAGAUCGAGGGUAUCGCAGAAAAAGUCGGAGGUAGCCUCGCUUUCACAAAGGUCAACAUCUUCAAGGUUGAGGAUGGUAAGAGGGGGAGAGUCGUGUCGACGGGCACACACACUAAGUUCGUCAAGGGAACAGAGUCGAAGAAGACGUGA